AACCAGCCCCACCCUUGAUGACUGUGGUUGAUUGAGUUAUUACAAAAACCAGAAACUAAAAAAAUACUGUAUGAUCAUCAGAAAAACAAAAAACAUGGGUUGUUUUAAUCUACUAAUCUUCUUCAUCUACUUGUUUUCUCUCUCAAAGUUACUGAUCAUACAACACACAACAGCACAGGAUUAUGUUUACCACUUCUGUUUAGGAAAUAAUUAUACGACUAACAGUACAUUUCAAAAGAACCUCAAUAUUCUUCUACCUACUCUCUCAUCAGCCAACACUUCAGAAAUAAGAAAUGGAUACUAUAACGCCACGGUGGGAAGAAAUUCCGACACGAUUUACGGUUCUUUACAGUGUAGAGGUGAUACUUCAUCAGAAGAUUGUCAAGCUUGUGCUGAAACUGCAGCUAAAGGUAUCAUUACAGAAGACAGAUGUCCAGUUUCUAAACAAGCAAUUAUUUUGUAUGAUGUAUGUAUGUUAAGGUAUUCGAAUCAAUAUUACUUCAAUAUAAUGCAACAGAGUCCAGAAGUUUAUUUAUGGAACACUAACAACGUUACCGAUCCAGAUAAGUUUAAUCCAAUUUUAGGCGAUUUAAUGAGGGGUUUAGUGGAAAACGCUACUUCACCCGGUUCUUCAAAUUUUGCUACCGCGGAUACAAGUUUUGAUGAUUUCAGAAGAGUAUAUGGGCUAGUACAAUGUACUGUUGAUAUAUCCUCGAGUAGUUGCAAUCGAUGUCUCGUUGGAGCUAUAGCUGAGUUACCGAAUUGUUGCGACGGGAAACAAGGUGGAAGGGUUAUUAGACCAAGUUGUAAUUUUAGAUAUGAAAUAUAUCCUUUUGUUCAAUCUACGGUUCCUCCUUCGCCGCCUCCACUUUCUCUUUUAACUCCUCCUCCUCUCAAUUUACCGCCAUCAACAACGAAUACGAGUACAACUACACCAAACUCAAAGAGAAAUUCAUCCAUACUAGUUGUUAGUAUAGUCAUUCCUUCUGUUAUCGCAGUGCUUUGCACCAUCGCCUUUUGGUUUUUCUGUUUCCGGAGAAAGAGAACAAAGACACAGAAGUUUGACAAUGUGGAUGAUGAGAUGGGAAGCACAGAACUGCAAUUCAACUUCAGUACAAUAAGUGCCGCAACAGACAACUUCUCUGAAGCUAAUAAACUUGGAGAAGGUGGAUUUGGGUCUGUUUAUAAGGGUAUAAUUUCUGACAGAGAAGAAAUAGCCGUGAAGAGGCUAUCAAAAAACUCAGGCCAAGGUGAACAAGAGUUCAAGAAUGAAGUUACUUUAGUAGCUAAACUUCAGCACAGAAAUCUUGUCAGGCUUCUAGGUUUCUGUAUAGAUGGUGAAGAAAAAUUACUCGUCUAUGAAUUCAUGCCAAAUGGAAGCCUUGACCAAUUCCUUUUCGAUCCGAGUAAGUGUACACUUCUGGAUUGGGAAAGACGAUACAAGAUAAUAGGAGGGAUUGCUAGAGGCCUUCUCUAUCUUCAUGAGGAAUCUCGACUCAAAAUUAUUCAUCGAGAUCUCAAAGCUAGCAAUAUACUAUUAGAUAUCGACAUGAAUCCUAAAAUUGCAGAUUUCGGCAUGGCUAGGCUUUUUGUGCUUGACCAAACGCAAGCUAAUACAAACAGAAUAGUUGGAACUUAUGGCUACAUGUCUCCAGAGUAUGCAAUGCACGGACAAUUCUCCGUGAAAUCAGACGUAUUUAGUUUUGGUGUUUUAGUUUUAGAGAUUCUUAGUGGACAGAAGAACAACUGCUUUGUUGGAUCAGAUGUUUCUCAGGACCUUCUAAGCUAUGCAUGGAGGCAUUGGAAGAAUGAAUCUGCUUUAGAAUUGUUAGAUUCAACUAUCAAGGAUACAUGUUCUAGAAGUGAAGCGGUGAGAUGCAUCCAAAUUGGGUUACUAUGUGUUCAAGAAAAUGUGGCAGAUAGACCCACAAUGCCAAUGGUCCUCUUAAUGCUCAGUAGCUACACUGUCAGUCUUGAUUUACCUUCAGCGCCUGCAUUUUUUGCUGGUAGUACAAGAUACAUAGAACCAAAAUCGUCUCCAUAUCUAGGCCAAAGUGAAGAACAAGGAAUUCCGCAGGACAAGUCACCUGAUGAAUCGGCAGCAUGGAGCAUCAAUGAAACUUCAAUAAGUGAGCUUUAUCCUAGAUGAGGACGAUCUCUGGGUACAUAAUCUCGUUCUUGUCACGUUCCUUUUAUUUUUCCAGUUGGUUGACACUUAGCAGUACCUAAUCUUUUUCUUUUCUUGUUUGUUAGAGCAUUGGGGAUUAUAAUUCUGGACCAAAGUCUUGAAAUACUGUAUUUUUGCGUAGUAAAAUUUAGGGCCUGUUUGGCACUAUUUUAAAAAAUAGUUUUCAAAACAUACCCUUUUCCCUAGUUUUCAUUUUCUAUAAGACUUUAAUUUUUUUUUUCUUUGAAGCAUUAGACUUUAAAAUGGUGUUUGAUAGGAUUCUUUUCAAAAACAACCAUUUUUGAAGAUACAUUUCAAUAACCAAAACCGUUGGUACUUGUCAAUUCCAUCAAAUGCCUCAAACCGAUUAUGGGUUCUGUAAUAAUUAGUGAAUGUAAUGCAAGAUCGAAAUUUUCUAA